ACAAGUCAGACAUUCAUUACUUCCUCGUCGUCACCUCCGUGUGGGGAAGCAAGUGGGCACAAUUUUCGGAGCCUAUCGAGUGUGCGCACGUGUCAAUUCGGAAAUCAUCGUACACGGUGUGCUACAACCCGUCACGCUAAGCCACCGUUAAGUGGCCAGCGAUAAGAGCGACACCCGGGGCAUUAGCAGCCGGGUAACAGUGUGCAAAAGGACAUAAACACUCGCGUGUAAACACAAAGCGCCGCGUGUUAUCGGUGCGGUUACGACGAUUGGAAUCACUUCCUCGUCGAGGUGUAGUGUGUACGGUGUGGUGACAACGCGCCUUGAUUAGUCAGCAGCAGCAGCAUCGCGCAUUCGUUUCCAUCACGGUAGACAUCAAGGUGGUCGACUUGGCAUCCGUCAGUGAGUCGCGCCGUAGUAGUUGUAGUGAGGGCACCAGCCAAAGCAGUGCUCGACCAGUGGACGUUACCGACUCCAGCUGCGACGGAAGCACAGUCGACGGUGCCAGUGUUGUGCGUGCGGUGUGCGAAAAUCUUGGAACACAACCCGAACAGGACGCGUGCCCGGAGGAAGUGCAGGAGCUCGACCGAAUACACAAGAUGACGGACGUAGCACACGAACUUGGCGCACUUCGAUUGAUAGUGGACUCUCCACUCUCGUCGAAGGUGGCCCUGUUCAACCAGACUGCCCAGAGCCAUCGGGAAUCGCAACUCUCCAAUCCGUUCUCCGAUGCACAGGCGACGCGCGGCAUGGCAAGGCUACAAAUCAGCAAGGAGGAGUACGGCAAACCUAAAGCGGGCAGUCUUACCGAAUACCGAGGUAAGAAGGCCAACAUCCAGGUGUACCAGGAAAUGCUCGAACUCUGUCAGGUGAUCGACACUGAUGGCAAACCGGUAUCCAAGAAGAAUCCCGAUAUCAAAAUGAUCUACUUCGGUGAACUGUUUAAUAUUUACACACACAUCAACGAUAAACUGGUGGGACUGUUGUUGCGCGCCCGUAAACACGACCUCAUCCAGUUCGAGGGUGAGUGCCUGUUCCAGCGCCGCGAUGACCACGUCCCAGUCUACCUAACGAAACCGGUCGCACAGAUCCGGGACAUUCUCGUCGGCAAGCAGACGGAAAUUCGCCGUAGUUUAAGUCCCAACCCGCAGCCCACCAAUAUGUUACCUUAGGGGUUUAGAAGUAACGUGUAAGGACAAUCGAAGCCUAAAGCUCUGAUUCUAACCAAGGUGUCGCUAGCUGGGGAUGAGCUUCGUCUCCGGAGCAUGCUUUCCACGGCACUGAAUGAAUGGGGCAGGUGGUGUGUAUGUAGACGUUCAUGUGAAAAGUCCAAGUGUGAAUGGGUGUCGAGUGCCGUAGAGAUUAUGUAGAUGGCCGGGAAACUGCCGUGCAAGCGACUCGCAAUGGGGAUCUCCCCAUGUGCUUUGCCACUCUUUGAUCUGUAUAUUUUGGUAGCCGCGCGAAAGCGCAAGAUUGAUAUAGCUGUAUAGGGUAUGGUAGUCGGUUCCGAUUGACUGUUAGUUCCACUCGUCAUUGUAGCUGUAAAGUGCCUUGUUCUCGUGACAUUACGUAGGGGGUGCGUUGAAUAUUUUGCCCAAAGCCGUUUGAGAUUCUUUUCUGUUUUGGACCGUUCUGUUACGUUAUUUUUGUGCGCGAUUUCGUGUCGGACGCAUAUGUUCGAUUAAUUCCAGGGAUGUAUACCAAAUACUAAACGGUUAUCUAGCAACUGAUAGCGCAAAGGCUGAGGAGUUGCGUAACAAUCGUAGGAACCAGGUUAGAAAUAGUAGCCUUAAGAGGAAUAUUAUCUAUAGUACCAGCACCAAAUUCGAUUCGAUCUUUUGUUUCAUCGCAUUAGCGUUCUUUACGUUACUCACAAGAUUAGUUUUUCCACAUCCCUUCGCUAGUAGGUGACAAAACCUCAAUCCUCUCUUCCGUAUCAUGCCGUAAGAUAUAACUUGUGUAGUAUUUUAUCGGUGUCGUAAAGUUUUGUCCAAUUUUAUGUUUCGAUUAGCUUUGGAUCCGCUUGUCAGUAGUGACAGUAUUAAGAUAGUUUUUAAGGUUCUCUCAACCCCCGGAAACGCAAUCAACUCCAACAAUCCAUAGGUGGAGUAGAAGCAGUGCAAUAGAUCUUGUAAUAGUCCUCUCGUACUCUGAUGGAAUGGUAUGUUGAUAGCAACAUUUGCAAGAAAAUAAUAAAGAAAACGGAAACUCGA